CUCUCUCUCUCUCUCUCCCCCUCGAGCUCCCGGCUGCCCGCGGCUCCCUCGCGCUCUCCCCUCUCCGGUAGGCUCCACCAAGCGAUGCGAGCUUUGGGAAACAGCGACACCGCCUCCCGCUAGAGACCUGCCCCCGGCCCGGCCCGGCCCCCUGCCCAGCCCUGCCCUGCGCGCGGGGGUCGGCGAAGGCGCCGCGGACGCACCGACGGCUGAGGACCCGCGAUGCACAUGCACUAGCAGCACCCCCUCACUCAUUCCCUCCACACCCCGCGCCGCCGCCGCCUCCUCCUCCUCCGGCAGCAGCGGCAGAAGGACCCACCCUGCCCCCCACCCCACCCUCCGCCGGCUCCGGCUCCUGCUUCAACUAUUAUUUUAUUUAUUUUGGGUCGUGCACAAGCCUCAGUGCCUGCAGCCCGCGCCUCCUCGGACCGCGGGCGCCUCCUCCCUCGGCCCCGGAGCCCCAGACCCCGGCCACCUUCGUCUCGACACCCCUAGAGCCCGCCAGCUGCCGCGAGUCUCCGCUGCUGGAAUCUUGUUAGCGGCUGUCUUUUUGGGGGGUUCUGGUUUCCCGACAUUUUUGUUUUCAGCCAAGGGAAGGAUAUCGUGGUUUUUUCCCCUUUGAGCCCAGGCUCUGCUCUCUGGGGGGGUGGGGGGCGCGCCGAGCCGGGGAGCCGUGCCAGCCGAGUCGUGCGGGCUGUGGCAGGGAAGGGGCCACCAUGGGAUGUACUCUGAGCGCAGAGGAGCGAGCCGCCCUCGAGCGGAGCAAGGCGAUUGAGAAAAACCUCAAAGAGGAUGGCAUCAGCGCCGCCAAAGACGUGAAAUUACUCCUGCUGGGGGCUGGAGAAUCAGGAAAAAGCACCAUUGUGAAGCAGAUGAAGAUCAUCCACGAAGAUGGCUUCUCUGGAGAAGACGUGAAACAGUACAAGCCUGUUGUCUACAGCAACACCAUCCAGUCCCUGGCAGCUAUCGUCCGGGCCAUGGACACUUUGGGCAUCGAAUACGGUGACAAGGAGAGAAAGGCCGACGCCAAGAUGGUGUGUGACGUGGUGAGUCGGAUGGAAGACACCGAGCCCUUCUCUGCCGAACUGCUUUCCGCCAUGAUGCGGCUCUGGGGCGACUCAGGAAUCCAGGAGUGCUUCAACAGGUCUCGGGAGUAUCAGCUCAACGAUUCUGCCAAAUACUACCUGGACAGCCUGGAUCGGAUUGGGGCCGCCGACUACCAGCCCACCGAGCAGGAUAUACUCCGAACCAGGGUCAAAACCACUGGCAUCGUAGAAACCCACUUCACAUUCAAGAACCUCCACUUCAGGCUGUUCGACGUCGGGGGCCAGCGAUCUGAACGCAAGAAGUGGAUCCACUGCUUCGAGGACGUCACAGCCAUUAUCUUCUGCGUCGCACUCAGCGGCUACGACCAGGUGCUCCAUGAAGAUGAGACCACGAACCGCAUGCACGAGUCUCUCAUGCUCUUCGACUCCAUCUGUAACAACAAGUUCUUCAUCGAUACCUCCAUCAUUCUCUUCCUCAACAAGAAAGAUCUCUUUGGUGAGAAGAUCAAGAAGUCACCUUUGACCAUCUGCUUUCCUGAAUACACAGGCCCCAAUACCUACGAGGACGCGGCCGCCUACAUCCAAGCACAAUUUGAAAGCAAAAACCGCUCGCCCAACAAAGAAAUUUAUUGUCACAUGACUUGUGCCACAGACACGAAUAAUAUCCAGGUGGUAUUCGACGCCGUCACUGACAUAAUCAUUGCCAACAACCUGCGGGGCUGCGGCUUGUACUGACCCCUUGUCCUGUAUAGCAACCUAUUUGGUAAUGAUCGCAGCACUCACAGAGAGGUUUGCGCGCGCGCGCACACACACACACACACCCCACUAACAAAUGCAAGUUGGCAAAUAAACUUUAAAAAGGCAUAACAAGACCUUAUAUAUAUACAAAUAUAUAUGAAAAAAAUUCUUUUUAGUUUGUAUUAGAAAGAGCUUCGGACAGAACUGACCACCCUCCCAUAGAUCAUCGGGGGUUUUCUGGGACAGCAUGUACGCGUGCACACGCGCUCGCUCACACGCGCACACACACGUCAUGAUGGGGGUCCUGAUUUGGGAGUCCAUCCUUUUAAGAACAGCCACGUGAUUUUACUCUGAGACCCAUUUCUGUGAGCAGAGGGAGAGGCAAAGAAAGGCCUGGCAUGAGUCCGGCCUCUCUGCCCCUGGCCCGCCCCCCAAGGCUGCGUGGUCUCAGUUCUGUCCUGCUCUCACGCAAAUUCCAAAGCCCUUCAAAAACUGGCCAAUACCCUAAACCUCUCCCUACCCUCUACUCCCAACAACAGGAAAACUAAGGAUGCUUCUCUCUUGGGUGGCAGUGGUUGUUAAUUUCAAGAAUUUAGAAGAAUCGUUGCUCUGGCCAAUCCACUGUCUCCUGAGUUUUCUUUAUUCAAAGGCGAGAGUUGGAGGAACAGGAGACUUGGCCUGCUUUCUAGAAGCAGCUGAGGGGAGGGAACAUUGAGACCAUGGCUGCAAUUCACCUGCCGAGUUGAAGCCAGCCCCCUGGAGAAGAGAAGGGCCCGGAGGGAGCAGGGGGGAGGUGAGAAGGACAGCGGUGGCCCGGGGAGGGCCGGAUUAAUGUAGGCCUGACCAGAGUCAGGGUCCUUUGGGGUGAGGCCUCCCAGGGGGCCUGGGCUGGGCUCCCCUGGAGUUCUUGAUCCCUCCGGUGAUGCUGCCCCAUCUUGCCCUACGCCAACAUUAUUAAAAAUAUUCUAGGGUUUUUGGGGGUUUUUUUUUGUUGUUGGUUGGUUUUUAAAAUCAAAGAAAAUGGUCAGACUGGACCCCCUUAUCUCUCUCUCUACAGACUGCUUCACGGACUCUUUGCUGUUGACGUUGAUCUCCUGGUAGCAUGACCUUUUGGCCUUUGUAAGACACACAGCCUUUCUGUAUCAAGCCCCUGUCCAACCUACGACCCCAGAGUGACUGACGGCUGUGUAUUUCUGUAGAAUGCUGUAGAAUCUGGUUUUAGUUGAGUCUUUACAUUUAGAAUUUGAAAGGAAAAAAAAGAACAUUUCUCAUGUGCUUUGUAGCUUAAAAAAAAAAAGAGGAAAAAGGAAAACUCACCAUUUCAUCCAUAUUUGUCUUUUUUUCUCUCUCUCUCUUUUUCUUUUUUUGGAAAUAAAGCAGCAUACACAACUGCACCCGCACCCCCACCCAUCCCUAGUGUAGAGGGGGCCCCAGUGCACCUGCAGAGGUGCCACCUGUCUGCCCGCCCCUCUUAGGGGCUCAGGUUCUGGGGAGCAUGCUCAGGUUGUGUUUCCCAGAGUGCCCCCACCCCCACCCCCCAAGCCAGCCAGCCCCAGGCUCACUCCAGGUUCACCUAGAAAAGCACAGCUCUCACUGGCCAGUAGCUGCCAAAAAGAGUCCUGAUCAAACAUAUAAAUAGAGCCCUGUAGAAAAUGAUUUUCCCGCAACCUCCUUUCUACAGAUUCCCUUUAUGAUUUGUUUCUUUUUGUUUUAGUUUUUGUUUCUUGUCCUGAUGAGCACUCUGUAUCACAUACCAGAUCAGCUUUCAUAGUCUUUGGGAAAUGGGGUUGUGGAUUUUUUUUCCUUUGACAUUUUUGCUUCGCAGUCUCUCGGAUGCUCCCUUUGUGUGUGUGCGCCCCUUUCUGCCUUCUCCUUUGUUUCAGUGACCUGUGUUCGCUCCUUCUCAUGUGGGGAUGUUUGUGCUGCAGAUAAAAAGAACAAAAAAAAAAUUUUUAAAUACCACAUGAUGGAAAAAAAAACAAAAAAAUUUUAAAAACAGAUGGAAUGUAGUGUUUACAUGAAAGCCAGUUUCCAUGAUCAGUCCUAUGUCAUUUCUACUUUGACUAGUAUCCAAACCCCCAACCUCUUCACGGUGUCACUUUUCAGAUUUACUAUUUGCUGAAGAAGACCAGUCACGGCCAUUUCAGAUAAAGAGGAGGUGAAAAGACAAAACACACAAAAAAAAUUAAAAAUACAGAAAAAAAAAAACUUGAAAAAAAGGAAAAAAAAAAAAGCCCACGGGUCUUUCUAAGCCUUUCUAUUCCCAAUCGGUGAGGUUUCUGUGAUAUCUUACACACUGCCAGUCUACUUCUCUAAUGGAAAAUUCAUGUGUAGCUCAAUAAAGAGAAUGUUUGUCUGUA